AUGAAAGAAAAACGUAAAAGUUACUCUGCAAAUUUAAAACUUGAAGCAAUUAAUUACGCCAAAAAAACGAAUAAUCAUGCUGCAGCACAAAAGUUUAAUGUUGACUAUACACAAGUCAGUAGGUGGAGAAAAAAAGAGGAGGCAAUAAAAAAUGCAAGAAAGACAAGUCACAGAGUGGGCUCUGGUUCUUUAUCAUUAUAUCCACUUGCUGAAGAAUUAUUAAAAGAGUGGAUAAUGAAUUGUUGUCUAAGAGGAAUAGCAGUUAUAUCCAAAGAUGCUAAAUGUCGUAUGACUAGUUUACUUACUCAAGAAUUUAGACUUUUAUACCCUGAUGCUGUCCAUAACUUUAAAGCCUCAGAUCGAUGGCUCGACCGUUUUAUGAAUCGGUUUGACUUCUCUCUUCGAAGACGUACCAAGACUUCUCAGAAACUUCCCAAAGAUUUAGAUGAAAAAGUUACUGCAUUUCAUGAAUUUAUUAAUAAUUUGCAAAUUAUUAUCAAAUCUUUUAAAAAGUGUGGUCUUUCUAAUGCAUUGGAUGAUGAUGAAAUUGAAUAUGAUAUAGUGUUGGAGGAUGGAAAUAAGGAAAAUAAAGAAAUAAUUGCAACAGCUAAAACACAUAAUGCGGAAGUUACGGAGAGAAAUCACUUGAUUGGGAUAAAUGAAAGAGAAUUACAUGAAUUUUACUUUUAUGUAGCAGAAGCAAAAAUAAUGUUAAUGAUUUUUAAGUUUGAAAAUGUAACUAAUGCUAAAUAUUGUCUAUUAUGUAUUAAUAAUUAUUAUCCCUGCAUAUGCUAA